AUGAGGAACGCUCCAGGGACUCCGGGUUUCGUCUGGAAGAAGAAGAGGCCUUUCGUGCGCCGUCACCCCUUCCAGGGCGUCCCAGGGGUCGAAGAAGCAUGCCUCCUGCAUGCCGACUCGACGGCAAGAGAGAUCUUGGACUGCUUCCUGACACCGGAAUUGUGGGACACUAUGACGAGGGAGACCAACCGGUAUGUGGAGCAGAGGCCGGUCACCCCAUCUUCACACAUGAAGACUUGGGAGAAUACGACUGUGGAGGAGCUGCAGUCAUUCAUUGGCCUCCGCCUGCUCAUGGGCCUGCAGCCGCGACCGCAUUCGCGGUAUUAUUGGUCGAAGAACCGGUUGCUUUCCUCGUCUGUGUUCCCUGAAACGAUGACCAGGGAUAGAUUUGAUUUACUGCAAAGUCGGCUUCACUUCUCGGACAACGAGGACCCCCGUGCCGACACCGACCGUCUGUGGAAGCUGCGACCGGUGUUGGAUAUCCUCGAUACGACGUUCAAGACGGUCUAUAUCCCUGACAGGAAAAUCGUGGUUGAUGAGUCGCUGUGGGCGUUCAGGGGACGUCACCACGCGAUUCAAUUCAACCCGACGAAGAGGGCGCGGUUCGGGAUGAAGGUAUAUCGCCUGUGCGAGAGUGAUGGUGCUGGUGCUGGCUACACCAGUGCCUUCAAUGUCUACAUGGGCCAGGACCGCGGCGACGUACCUGCCAGCAUGAAGGCUGUGACCGACCUCAUGAACCGCGCCUGCUUCUUCGAGAAGGGUUACGAGCUGUACUUGGACAACUGGUACAGCUCCCCGGAACUUUUCCAUUACCUGUCAUCAAGGAAGACGAACGCCGUGGGAACAGUUCGGCUGAACCGCAAGUUCAUGCCGAAGGACCUCAAGGUGAGCGCCCGCGGCGACGUCGACUUCCGGACUUCGGCGACGGGGAUGUUGGCUAUGUCUUGGAUGGAUCGGAAGCCGGUGCAUAUGCUUUCUACCAUCCACGGCCCAGACAUGGUUGACCUGCCCCCAAACCGCCGUGGUAUAGUCGGACGAAGCCCCAAGCCGUCGUUGACUACAACGUGGGGAAGAAGGGGGUAG